AUGAGUAAGGCAGGGUACAAGUUGCAUAACCAGAGUAGCCCUUGUCGAAGCCCUGGGAGAAGAAAGAACCUUGUUGCAGGGCCAGCCAGAGCUGGGAGGAUUCAGGCACUUAGAUUUCUGAAAGACAACUGCCGUCCUGAUGGAAGAGAACUUGGUGAAUUCAGAACCACAACAGUCAACAUAGGUUCAAUUAGUACUGCAGAUGGUUCCACGUUAGUGCAGGUGGGAAAUGCUACAGUAAUUUGUGGGAUUAAGGCGGAAUUUGCAGCACCACCAACAGAUGCUCCUGAUAAAGGAUAUAUUGAUUUUGGUUCUGGACCUCCUGGAGAAGAGGCCCAAGUGGCUAGCCAGUUCAUUGCAGAUGUCAUUGAAAAUUCACAGAUAAUUCAGAAAGAGGACUUAUGCAUUUCUCCCGGAAAGCUCUCUUCGGUUCUGUACUGUGGUAUCAUUUGCCUUGACUAUGAUGGGAACAUCUUGGAUGCCUGGAAAUUUGCUCUGUUAGCAGCUUUAAAAAAUGUACAGCUACCAGAAGUUACUAUAAAUGAAGAAACUGCCUUAGCAGAAGUUAAUUUAAAGAAGAAAAGUUACUUGAAUAUUAGAACUCAUCCAGUUGCAACCGCUUUUGCUGUAUUUGAUGACACUCUGCUCAUAGUUGACCCCGGAGAGGAGGAGCAUCUUGCAACUGGAACCUUAACAGUAGUAACGGAUGAGGAAGGCAAACUAUGUUGUCUCCACAAACCAGGUGGAAGUGGGCUGACUGGAGCUAAACUUCAGGACUGUGUGAGCCGAGCAGUUACCAGGCACAAAGAAGUAAAAGAACUAAUGGAUGAAGUAAUUAAGAGUAUGAAACCCAAGUAA